CCCCGCCCCGCUUAUCUCGCUCAUUGCCCCUUGUGAGGUGUGUUGUGUUGUGUUUCUUCGGUCGGCCGGUCGCUGUCGGUCUACUCUACUUCAGAGUUGUUGCUUUCACCUUUCCAACUCCUACCUCCAAUUUGCUUCCUAUCCAACCCCUCCUUACCUUACCUUACCCCCCCACACAACAACCACUACCAACACAAACAACUACCACCACCCCCCCCUCCCCCAACCCAACCCAGCCUCAUCAUCAUCAUCAAAAAAAAACUCCAGUCGCGGAACUUGACUCGUCGAACCUCACCCACGAGAUCGAAUAACGUCCUCGUUACAUACCCCCCUCCAUCCCCCCGCAUCUGCCUCCCCACAAGCCCCGUCUCACUUAGGACAACCCAACGCAAAACUACCACUACAAGCACACCCAACCGAUCUCCUUCUCCUACCACCACUACCACCAGCAGCAACCCCCCACAACCAAGAAAGAGGCAUGGAUACCAAGAUGGAAGACGUCGGGGGAGCCCCCCCUCCACCCUCGAGCAUAGCUGUUCAGGAUUCUUCGUCGAUAAACGAGCUGGAUGGUUGGAUUGCGACGUUGAUGCAGUGCAAGCAGCUCAGCGAGUUGGACGUGCAGCGGCUCUGCGAGAAGGCUAGGGAGAUCCUCCAAGACGAGUCCAACGUUCAGCCGGUGAGAUGCCCGGUGACAGUGUGUGGAGAUAUCCAUGGACAGUUCCACGACCUCAUGGAGCUUUUCCGAAUCGGAGGGCCUAACCCAGACACCAACUAUCUCUUCAUGGGUGACUACGUCGAUCGUGGAUACUAUUCGGUGGAGACAGUCACGCUGCUGGUAGCUCUGAAGAUUCGUUACCCCCAGCGAAUCACCAUAUUGCGAGGAAACCACGAGUCUAGGCAGAUCACGCAGGUGUAUGGUUUCUACGAUGAGUGCUUGCGCAAGUACGGCAACGCGAACGUCUGGAAAUUAUUCACGGACCUGUUUGACUACCUACCCCUCACCGCCCUGAUCGACAACCAGAUCUUCUGUCUUCACGGCGGUCUGUCACCCAGCAUCGACACUCUAGACAACAUUAGGGCGCUCGACCGUAUCCAAGAGGUGCCCCACGAGGGGCCGAUGUGCGAUCUGCUAUGGUCAGACCCCGACGACCGCUGCGGAUGGGGAAUAUCGCCUCGAGGAGCUGGAUACACGUUCGGACAGGACAUAUCCGAGGCGUUCAACCAAAACAACGGGCUCACACUUGUCGCACGAGCCCAUCAGUUGGUCAUGGAGGGGUAUAACUGGUCGCAAGACCGUAAUGUCGUCACUAUUUUCUCAGCACCGAACUAUUGUUAUCGAUGUGGUAAUCAAGCGGCGAUCAUGGAGAUUGACGAACAUCUCAAAUACACUUUCCUGCAGUUUGAUCCUUGCCCGAGAGCCGGCGAGCCGAUGGUUUCAAGGCGUACACCGGAUUACUUCCUCUAG